AUGAACAGGCGGCAGAGCCAGGGCGUGCCCAAGGGGGGCUACGGAUCUCUUGCCUGUGCUCCGACGAGGCGGCGGUCGAGGAGCAGGAGCAGGUCUCGAAGCCCGCCUAGCAGCGCCUCUAGCAGCAGCGGGCGAAGCAGGAGUCGGAGCACUCGCAGCAGCAGGGAGCGCGCGAGGAGAAGGAGACGACGUAGGCGGAGACGAGCAAGUAGCCGAUCGGACUCCAGCUCUUCGUCCGAUUCUAGCUCCAGCAGUAGCUCCGGAUCGCGAGGAAGCAGUCGUCGUCGCGGCUCCACCCACAGCAGCUCCCGCCACACGCGCGGCGCCGGGGGGGUCGCCUUCGGGGGUACGCACUUUGUCGGUGGCAAGCACGGCGGCGGUCUAGGUGGCGGCGGCGGCAGCGGCGGCAACGGUCUCAUGGGCAUGGGGAUGGGCAUGGGCAUGGGCAUGGGCAUGGGGAUGCCGAUGGGCAUGGGGCCGAUGGGGAUGAUGGCCAUGGGUGGCGGCGGUGUCGGGGGCGGCGGCAUGGGUGUCGGUGGCGUCGGCGGCGUUGGCGUCGGCGGCGGCGGCGGCGGGAAGGACUACGCGUCGAUGGCCUCCAUGUCUUCCCCCUCGGGCGGCGGCGUCAACAACAAUGCCUUCCCGUUGCGAAACCCCGGAUCGGUCCCCGGGCGAGGCCGGUUCAUGUCGUCCCCGUCCUCCCUUCACGCCAACGGGGCCGUCGCCAGGCCGAUGCCCGCCGCCGUCUCCGCGGGAAAGGAUUACGCGAGCCUCGCGAGUGGGCUCCCUCCUGGCGGGUCCGGUCGAGGUUCCGUUGCGGGCGGCGGCGGGGUGGACAGAAGGGGCGGCGGCGGCGGGGGCUAUGCCGAUCAGGCGAGGGACGUGCGGAACGCCGGCAGGGCUCUAGGAGCCGCGAUCAGCGGGCGGCGGGCUGACAGCUUGAGUAGAGGCAACGGCGGCACCGGCGGCGGUGGACGAUUCGAUCGGUCAGGAGGAGGCAGCGGCAGCAGCAAGGCACCGCCUUCCCCCCCGGGACGGGACCAGUUCGGGCGCGAGCGGGAUUGGCGGAGCAGCGCCUCGAACGGCCGACGGCAGGGGGCCUCCCCGCCGAACGGCCAGCCGCCGGUGGUUCACGGCUCCGGAUUCGGGACGUUUUCGAUGGCGUUGGGCAACAGCAGCGGUGAGGGCGCGACGGGGGUCGCCCCUUCGAAGCUCUCGUCUCGCUCUUCUUCCACGCCCGGUCGGGACAGCCGGAGCCCCGUGGGGUCUCGGGGAGGCGGGGGGGGCGGGGCGGGGCCAACCGCGGCGCCGCCGACUCGCGCAGAUCUCGUUCGAGCGCACUCUUCUCGCCAGCGUCAGCGGCAGCUGCAGGAGGGGGCGUCGUUGCAAGACGGGAGGAAGCAGAAGCAGGUAAACAACGUAGAUCAGCGGCAGAGACUGUCCCCGGAGCGGCGGGACCAAGCUGAGAACCACGCCAGCGACCACCACCGGCGUGGCGGAGGCAGCCAAACCCCCAGCGAAGACGGGAGCAAGAGGGACCAGCCGCAACAGCAGCAGCAGCAGUCAUCUAAGCAGCAGCAGAACAUUAGUGGACGCGAGAACGCCCGGCCGCCGGAGUCGACUGCGGGCGGCGGUAGUGGCGGUGACGACAGGGGCGGCGACGGGGGCAGCCCUUCAGCAGCAGCAGCAGCAGCAGCUGCUGCUUCCACUGCCGCCCCCUCUACCGCGUUCGCGUCGGCGCCAGGCAAGAAGACCUCGUCGGACGGGUCGAAAUCUCCGCACCCCGCUGGUCCGUCGACGGCCGUGGCUGCUCCCGUGCAAGAGAACAACGGUGCUCCUACUCCUCUUUCACCCUCUCGGCACAGCAGCAACGGCAGCAGCAGCGGCAGCGGUGGUGGCGGCGGCAAGAUGGCCGGCGGGUCCGGGUUAGGCACUCUCGCCGGACUCACGCCUACGAUGGACCGCCCCCCUCCCAGAGUGGUCGGGGGUGAUUCUUCCUCCGGUGGGAACACAAGCCGACAGCUGAGCCCUUCUAGACGGGGAGUCACAAAUGGCGGCGGCGGUGGCCGAGCGGUUAACGGGGGUCCUCCGGCAGAGCGCGAGAGUGACCGGCCGCGGCCGCACCCCCGCUUAGGCCUGGGCGAGGGCCUCCUCGCGAGGAACGAGCCGGCCGGCGGCGACUCGGAGGUUUCGACGCAAGGAGGCAGCAAUCAGAACGGCCGUGAGAGCUCCGGCGGCCGGCGGCCUUCCGUGGUAGACUUGCAAGAGCGAGACGCGGACGGGCGCAAUGCUUGGAAGCGCGACGGGUAUCGGGCCGGGGGACCGGGCGACUCUCACCGGCCCUCCAUGGGCGGCGGGGACCGCGGUGUCGGUGGUGAUCGCGGGGGUCCUUAUCGCGGCAAUGGGCACGGCGUCGGUGGCGGUGGUGGUAGUUUGCCUGGCGGUAGGGGUGUCGUGCGGGAACGAGAUCGGCCUGAUUCGCCCAGGGAUCGUGGCAGGUACAACCCAACGCCCCCGCAACCCCCCCCGCUCAUGAGCUCGGCCGAGCACAGCCACGGGUCCGGGACCCUGAGCGUGUCUGCGAGGAGAGCGUCUUUAGGCUACCCCCUCGGCGGUGGGCGCAACGGUGGUGACUGGCAGGAUAGGAACGCCGGCGGGAUGCCUGGCCAGAUGGGGGGAGGAGGCAGCAGAGGGGGCGGGGGAGGGGGUUACAAGCGUCCCCGCAGCCCGGAGCCAGUGGCGAUGGACUUGGAGGAGGACUCGCCGAGCCCGCCCCGCGGGCGGGGCCAAGAGUUCCUCAAGCAGGACUUCCGUGGCAACAACUACGCCGAUUCUCGCAACCACCGCCCUGGCUGGGACGGCCGCUCCACUCCACCGGGGGACCCAUCAUCCCGCUACGCCAUGGAAGGAGGGGGCAGCGGCGGCGGCAAUCACGCACGACACCAGCACCAGCAGGGGAUGCACCCGCUUGCCAACGGCCCAGGAGGGGGAGCAGGGAGUGGCGGGGCGUGGGGGCAGCAGCAAAACCCCGCACGCCACAACAACCACAACAACCACCACCAGUACCGCCAUUCCCCGGGGCCCCCGGGCGGGGGGAUGGGGCCAUCGUCAUCGUCAAGCAUGGGCCGUCUCGGGCGCACCACGGGACACCCUCCUAUGCACCCCGAGCGUGGUGGGGUUGGUCCAAGGUUGGGUCCCAACGCGCACCAAAACCGUGGUUCUCCCCUAGUAGGCGGUUCGGUAGGGCAGGGGGGCGGGGGCGGGGGGUCCUCGAGAGGGUCGCCCCUCGCGCCCCCGCCGCCACAGCGGGGGUCGCCGAUGCCACCGGGGGCGGGGGAGGGCGGCGGCGGCGGCGGCCCGCGAUCCCCCCUCUCGAUGCACUCUGCGUCGCCCCUGGCGCUCGGCCCGCACGGCUCGCGCUCUUCGCCAGUGUCGGGUCAGAAAGGAGGCGAAGAAGGGAGGGGUUCCGCGGCGGCGGGUGACGGGGAUAGUGUGGCGGCGGCGCAGGGCGGGGAAAGUAAUGGGUGGGGUGGCGGCGGGAGCAGACGCCAGCGGCCUCCGGUGAUCACGGACCGGCUGAUUUCUCUCAAGGCGGAGUUCUUGGAGCUGCACGACAUGCUCAUGGAGAGCGACUUCCAGUGGGAGGAGAGCCAGCGGUUCUGUGAGGUGCUCAAGCUGCAACUCGACCAGCUGAUGCUCGUGCCUCACCGCCACCGCGAGUCCAUGGCGUCGCCGAUUUGA